CGUUAAGAGGGAUUCCCCAAACAACGAGACGGGACACAUUACAGCAUCAAAAUGCUCGGGUUUAGGGGGUUUUAUCGCAGUGUCACGACACCACUUCAUCACCAUGUUUUGUCUAAACACGGCAUAAGUACAACUAUUGUAGCUCAUAAGAAAGUAGCCGUGGUUUUGUCUGGAUGUGGUGUUUUUGAUGGAAGUGAAGUGCAUGAGGCCUCAGCGUGCUUAGUACAUCUGAGCCGUGGAGGUGCUGAGGUUGCUAUGUUUGCACCAGACAUGGAACAGAUGCAUGUUGUUGAUCACACCAAAGGAGAACCCAUGGAUCAAAAGAGAAAUGUUUUGGUUGAAUCUGCCAGAAUUGCUCGUGGUAAAAUAGAAAAACUAUCAGAUCUUCAAGCUGAGAAUUUUGAUGCCGUUGUUUUCCCUGGAGGAUUUGGGGCUGCAAAGAAUUUAUCUGAUUUUGCUGUAAAUGGUGCAGAUUGUUCAGUGCAGGCUGAUGUAGAAAAUAUUCUAAAAGAUUUUCAUAGUUCAAAAAAACCCAUAGGGUUAUGCUGCAUUGCCCCUGUGCUGGCUGCCAAGAUUUUGAAGGGUUGUGAAGUGACAGUGGGCUCAGAUAAAGAGGAAGGCGGGAAGUGGCCAUAUGCUGGAACAGCUGCAGCAAUCAACAGCAUGGGAGGAAAGCAUGUUUGUAAACAGGUUACAGAGGCACAUGUGGAUUCAAAAAACAAGAUUGUCACCACCCCAGCCUACAUGUGUGAAACUGCAGUCCAUGAAAUAUAUGAUGGCAUUGGUAGCAUGAUCCAGAAUGUCCUAAAGCUGGUUGAAGACUAACUGAAGAGAGAUUUUCUUUUUAAAGGCAGUGCUUUUGGAGUUGGACACUCUUGCUGCUUGCCAAAUUUACAAAGUUCAGAAAUAUAUAAUAACAUGCAUAUUUUUUUGUGUUGAUCACAUUAAAAAGACAUUCUUAUAGGUUCAGCAGCCCUUAUACCUUUCAGAUGUGUGUUCCCAAGUUGGCAGCCCUAAUACCUUUCAGAUGGGUGUUCCCCUCCCUUGGGCACAUUGAGGCUUUGGUAAAGUAGCCCUGUGGUUUACCUAGCUACUUCCAUGUACAAUUAAAUGACAAACACAAGCAAACAAGAAAAGCUUAAAUGUACACAUGUGGCUACUGCAUGGUACAAUGUACGGGUGGUCAGUGACAUGCAGAAAGGCAAGAUCCUGCUCAUUCUCAUUUAACACAGACUUAAGAUCCAAAUGCCAACUGCAAUCACUCAAAAAAUGUGGGAAAUUAUGAGGGGGGAAAAGGGCCUCUUUUGUGUCUUUUGGCACAUUUUCUGCCCUCUGAAUGGUAGGAGGUGCCCUCUUAUAAAAUUGCCAUGUGUUAAAAUGUCAUUAUAGACUGCACAGAUGUCAUGUUUGCAUAAUCAUUGCUGUAAUGUAUUCAUACCUGAGAUGAAUAAAAUGUGGUGUAAAGAA